UUUUUUUUUCUUUCCUUCUUUCUUAUUCCGCAAUACGGGUAGCUAGCCGUGUUUCGUCUUUCCCACGUUUACAUUCCGCUAUUUCUCAUCCAGCAAGGACCAGGAAAAGGAAUCCAAGGGGAAAUAUCCGAUAACGGACAUUAUGUAUUUCCCCCCUUUCUAUGUUUUCCAUUUGCCUAGCUUGUACCUAUGUAGCGGUGCCACCAUUCUUUAAACCCCCCUCAUCCACUACCCCCACCACCACCACCGCCAAAUCCAUGUACAUAUAUCGACCCCAAGAUCGAUUCACAGAAACAUACCCCGCAAACAAUCAUAGCUAACACGGCUAACAUGGCUAACGACACCAUCAAGGUAGCCGUCAUCCCUGGCGACGGAAUAGGACUCGAGGUGAUACCAUAUGGUGUCCGUUGCCUGGAAGCAGCCGCUAAAGUGUUCGGCAUUUCAAUAACAUUUGAGACUUUCGACUUUGCUAGCUGUGCAUUUUACCAGAAGCAUGGGGACAUGCUACCUCCAGACUGGAAACAGAAGCUUCUCGGGUUUGAUGCCAUCUAUUUCGGCGCCGUUGGGAUGCCAGAUCUAGUUCCAGACGAGGUCUCCUUAUGGGGAAGUCUGUUGAGGUUUAGGCGUGAAUUUGACCAGUAUAUCAACCUCCGCCCAUGUCGGCUGAUGGCUGGGGUUAAGUCUCCUCUGGCCGACCGGAAGCCUGGAGAUAUCGACUUCUGGAUCGUGCGUGAAAAUACCGAAGGCGAAUAUAGUAGUAUAGGGGGUAAGAUCUUUGAAGGCACUGAUAGGGAGACCGUGAUCCAGGAGACGGUCAUGACGCGGACCGGCAUCGACAGAGUGCUGCGUUAUGCCUUUGACCUUGCGCAGAGCCGGCCGCGCAAGCGACUCACAAGUGCUACGAAAAGCAACGGAAUAAGUAUCACGAUGCCGUACUGGGAUUCCCGGGUCCGCGAAAUGGCUCUCAACUACCCGGAUGUCCAGGUGGAUAAGUACCACAUCGACAUCCUCACUGCCCACUUUGUUCAAAGGCCCAACAUAUUUGAUGUAGUUGUCGGGAGCAACCUAUUUGGCGAUAUCCUAUCCGACUUAGGCCCUGCCUGUACCGGUACAAUUGGGAUCGCACCAUCCGGGAAUAUCAAUCCAGACCGACGGUUCCCAAGCCUUUUCGAACCUGUCCACGGGAGUGCGCCCGAUAUCGCCGGAAAGGGCAUCGCAAACCCGAUUGGUACAAUUUGGGCUGGUCAGAUGAUGCUCCUACACCUCGGCUACCAAGACGCCGCCGCCGCGAUGCUCCAGGCGAUUGAGAAGGUUCUAGCAGGCGGGAAUGAAAAUAUUAUCACCGCUGAUUUAGGUGGUAAGGGGACAACCAAGAGUCUAGGAGAGGCUAUCGAGAGCGAGAUCCUUUCUUUGGGAGGGUGAUGCUUUUAGUCUUGCCUGCCUCAAUGUCGUUCCUUGAAUUAUCAAGGGCAGGUCAAGAGAAAGAACACAACGUAUAGAAUAUCGUGGUCCUUACCUGCUGGGCGUCGUUCCGAACAACAUAUGUACACUAGCACCCGCACCUGAUAUAUUUGACGAUGUUAUGCUUGCCUAUUCAUGGAAAUGAAGACACUGUCUCCUAGCA